AUGCCAUGUCCUGAGAAAAGCCUUGCGGCCAAGAUCGCGGCUGCCUUGCCUUGUUGCAUCCCAUGGAAUGACUGGCAGCGGCUCUGGCACAAAAGCAUUUCGUUGCUUCAUCUUCCCACCGCUUCUUGCACGCAUCAGCUCUACAGAGAUACCAUGCGUGACCGCUUCGGGGAGGCUGGUGUCGAAGCUCCUACUUCGCUCACUUCCGCUGAUUUCAUGCAUUGCUUGCAAACCAUCCAGAAUGUUGCCCCGGCGCCUGCUUUGUCUGCCGACCAGCGCCCAACUGAUUCCGACUUUCUCGCAGCUGCUAUUGCAACUGCGUUGCUGCGCUGCAUCUCAUGGAAUGAUUGGCAGCGGCUCUGGGGUCGCGUUGUCGUUCAUUCACCCUGCCCCACUUCUGUCUGUACAUACUUGAUGUAUCAGCAGACCAUGCUGUCUAAAUUUCCUGCUGCCGGCUUCACGGACGCGCCUGCUGUCUUUCCAGAUGACUUCGCAACCUGGUUCGAGAACAUUCUCCGACAGCUUCCUGUGCCAGCAUCAUCGUCACCUGACGUCAGCAUGGCUCCGCCUGAUGAGCUCGCCGCCGCUCUCAUUGCAGCUUUGCCGCGCUGCAUUCCCUGGAAUGAUUGGCAGCACUUGUGGUCCAAAACUGUCGCACGUCAUCAUUUGGCUACUUUGCCUUCGUCUAUGCAGGCUUUUCGCAAUUCCAUGCUCCAAAAAUUCCCCUGUUCCAGCCCUACAGCUGCAGCGCCUCUUGCCCCACAUGAAGCGGAAGCCUUGCUGCAAGACAUCUCUGCCAUUUUGACCUCCAAGACGCCCGCCGAUGAACAGUGCCCAGCCUUGCACGCGAACCUGCUCGAACUCCUUGGCAAGCCUCUCACGUGGAACCAGUGGCAGCGAUGCUUUGCCAUUUGCAGUGCGUGUUUGCAACACCCCCCUGCACCUCCAAACUUGCAUGCCUCACCCGACGUUUUGGGAAGCGCGCGCCUCUGUCUCCAUCGUCCAGCCGCCCUCUUUUGCAUUCACGCUGCUUGCGAAAAGGUUCUUCCUUUUCGUUGCGCUCGGCUGUCACGAGGUUGGUGAAGGAUCUCUCGCAGCUUUCCGUCAACGACGUCCUCUGCCAAGGCACCAUUGACAAGCUCAACCACAACCUCUUGCGGCUCAAACAGCGCCUAGCCGUCGCCACACUAAUUGUGCGGCGGCAAGUCACGCCUCGCAGCUUGCGCAAUUUGCGGCCUUUUCGAAAACGUCCAGUACUUAUGUAGCAACUUUUUGCCAUUCUCAGCUUUCGGACUUUGGUUUCACUUGCGCCGGCAAGCCUCGGCCCACAGCAGUGC